AUGUGUCUUAAGGUGGUCAGGGAAUGGAAUCCCUGGUUCCCAGAGGAAGGAUCUAUGGAUGUAGAUAAUUGGAAACGGGUCCGUCACAAUGUUGAAAAGGCCAUGAGGCAAGGUGAAAAAAUUCCAAUUCAGUUUUGGUCUAUCUGGUCUAUUUUAUAUACAAUGUUUAAAGCCAUGGAGGAAGAAAGGUUGAUUGGCAAUUUACAAAAGGAGCUGGCUCCCUCUAUUCUAGAUCUCCCUCUGGAUAUUAGUGAAAAAGAAGAGGUAGUAAAAGAUACGCAACAAUUGACUCAUAAUUCUUCACAAAAUUCUGCUGAUUUAAUUGGUAAUGCUACAGAAAAGAAAACGAAAGUAAAAACGAUGAUCGAUGAUCGCUCUGUUCCGGAGCAAUUCAAACUUGUUAUGGAGGAGGUUCUGGGACGUCUUAAUAAAUUAGAAGCUAAAAUGGACCCUAAGCCUUUAUCGGGAACCAGGCCCUCUGCCCCUCCGGCCACCAAUCCUUUUUUGGCAGCUUCUUUAAAGGCUGUCCAGGAAAUGGACUCAGAACGUUCUGAUGAUGAGGACGAAACUCCCUUCUUUGCUUUUCCUAUAAUCAGGCCUGAUCCAGCUAAUGGAAUGGCACAGCCACCUCGGUAUGAGGGGAUUGAUAUUGAUCAUAUUAGCAGAUUAAAAAAGGCAGUGACAAUGUAUGGACCUCAAUCCCAUUAUGUAAAAGCAUUGCUUUAUGCUUUUGCUACUCAUUAUAAUAAUUUUGCUCCUGAGGAUUGGAAGAUUGUGGGCCGUGCUCUUCUACAGGAACCUGAAUAUCUUCAAUGGCACAUGUGGUUUUUAGAAGGAUGUGCCACUAAGGCUAGAGAAAAUGGUAACAGUCAAAACCAUGUUAUUCGUGCCAUAGGAUACCCUAUGUUAUCUGGCACUGGUAUGUAUGAUGACAUUCAACAUCAAAUUAAUAUUCCUCCUGAGAUUCAUGAGCAAUUGAAGGAAAUAGCUUUAGAAGCUUGGGACAAAAUUAGACUUACUGGAGAACAUUAUGGCUCAUGGACAAAAGUUUCACAAAAACCCAAUGAACCUUAUGUAAAAUUUUUAUCUAGAUUAAAAUUGACAAUUGAACGAACCGUGGUAGGAGAGGCUGCCAGGCAACAAUUACUACGUUUGCUGGCUUAUAAAAAUGCUAAUGAAAAUUGUAGACGAGCCAUUUUACCGAUUAAAGAUACAGGAGAUAUUCAUACAUACUUAAAGGUGUACAAAGAUAUAACAUCAGAAUCGAGAAAGAUGCAAUUAUUUGCUGAAACCAUGGCCUCUACAUGGCAUGCUUUACAGAAUACUAAUCGAAAUUUGGCUAACAUGAAGUGUUUUGGGUGUGGCCAGACUGGACAUCUGAGGAAAAAUUGUAAGCGAAAGAAUGAUAAGGAAACUAGGGGACCUGGAAUAUGUCCUAAAUGCAAAAAGGGUAAACAUUGGGCUCGAGAAUGUAGAACGAAAAAUGCAGCCACUCUUGCAGUUCAGGGAAACGGUCCAUCGGGCCGGACCCCAGGCCCUGGACAAAUAAACGGGGGCAACCCACAAUCUUUCCCCUACAACCUGCAACCCAACAUAGUGCCGCCGUGGACAUCCCAGCCUUAA